AUGGCCUUCCGCAAGACCAGAUUUUACGCCAUUAUUGAACUGCCUCGCCCGGUCAACUGUCUCAUCGCGUUUGCCUCGGUACUCCUCGGCGGUUGGCUGGGUAUUCACAGUAUCCCCCCUCCCCUGCUUUUUGCCGCGCUGUCUGCCGCCCUCAUCACUGCAGGGGGCAACGCGCUCAAUGACCUGUGCGGUAUUACCGAAGACCGCAUCAACAAACCACACCGCCCACUCCCUUCAGGGCGUUUAUCCCCCAGCAUCGCACGCCUGGAAAUGGGUGUUUUCCUCCUCGCGGGUAUUUCCCUCGCCUUCUCUUUGCCAGGGCCUGCCUUCGCCAUUGCCCUCAUCGCCGUCACAAGCCUGAUCUUUUACAAUACCUAUCUAAAACGCGUACCUCUCAUUGGCAAUCUCACAGUAAGUGCGCUCGGCGGUCUGGCAUUUCUCUAUGGAGGCGCCGCCGUUAAAACCCUAUCUGCUCCAUGGCUUAUUGCGGGUUUUGCUUUUUUAUUUCACCUGGGUCGUGAACUUCUCAAAGACCUCGAAGACAGUGCGGGCGACCGCCAGUUAUCGGGCGGCACUGUGCCCAUCUUUUGGGGCGAAAAAAUCGCGCGCAUUCUGAUCACCGGCAUCUUUACAAUCCUCAUCAUUACAACCCCCUUACCCGCGCUCCUCGGCGUUUACAGCUCGAUUUAUCUCAGCCUGAUUCUCCUCCUCAAUCUCUUGCUCAUCUUCGUCCUCAUCCGCCUCUGGCAAAAAGACACACUCGGAUACCUGAAUAAACUGCUCAAGUAG